AUGAAAACUCGGCGUCCUUUCGGAAUCUGCUCAUUGCAGGUCCGUAAUUUUCCCACCAUGGCUCCUCACGAAACAGAUGUGCAUCAACGCGUCGUCAAAAAAUGGGAGUGGGCUGAUACCUUUCCUGAGGAUCUGAGCCAUCCAAUGGACUCUACCAAAUUCUUAACCAGAUGUAUGUAUACCGCAUUUUGUGACAUAAUUGCAAACCGUCGUCUGCUUCCAAAAACUGUCUUCAAGAUAAGAACGAUUGAUGAGGAUUUGCGCGUCUGCGUACUGAACACGUCAACACCCUCGGGGUAUCGAAUGGUUGAGAAGUUCAGAGGUGUCAGUCACGCUAUAGCAAAUCGCUAUCUUCGCAGUUUAAUGCUCGUAAUCAAUCCGACGAGGGAAGAUGUAAGUGAUGCAGUUGAAAUGUAUACUUGGCACUUGCGAUAUGGCGGCGGUGAUGAUCCUAGAGCGGAAUUCACAAGCACUGAUGGAACUAUCAUUGCGUCUCUAAAAUACGGAGGGAUUCAGAGUGUGAAGAAGCAGGUCUAUGAUUUGUUCAAAGCAAUUAGGAGACUAUGCAACCUGGUGCUGAGUCCCCUUCCGGCUGCUGCGACUGCCACUCUACGAGCCACAUACACUAAUUGGACUCCCGAAGAUUAUCAAGCUCCUGGGUUUUAUCCUUCCCCCGAAAAUCCCAUACUAAGGCCUGAAGCAGGGGAAAUUCGCAUGGGACUGCUACACACCGAUCACCACACGGCCUUUGUAAUGGCGAAGAGCAUAUUUGUUGGUGAAAGCAGAGAACACGAAUUAUUGGAAGGUAAUCGUAUCGGAGACUCUCUCAGCCAGGAUAGUGCCAACUCCGUAAACGAUGGGGAUGUUCAGCUCCAUUCUACUAACAACACUAUGGAACGCAUCAGUGGAGAUGUUUCUCAGGAGGGUUUGCUCGAGAUUCCUCGUAGAACACUCGCGUCACCUUCACAUGUGAAAAGAAUUCGUCUUGGCAGUGACUCCUCAAACUCCUCAGUUGCUAGUAGAACUUCGAGAGCAAGUGUGCUUGAAGUACGAGGAUCUGUCGAUUCUCCUGACAGAUCAGAAGAGUCUGAACUAGAAGAGACCUUUCAUUACGACACCCCGGCAAAAAUACCCAAGAAGAGUCGUGAAAACUUUGAAGAGGUUGCAUCAUCUAGUUUGCGUCUAGAUGUUAUCAAAACGCAAAGUAGCUGUAAAACACCUCCAUCAGUAAAAACACCUGGAAGAAUAAAGUGUGCCAAGUUCACACCAAAAGACACACAACAAGUUAAAAGAGGAUGAGCAGUGGGACACCAAUAGCAGUUAAAAUAUUAUUGGGUUGGAACGAAAGUUUCACCAUAUUUUGCGAAAAAUUCGCAUUUUUCUUGUCAUGAAUUUUUGAUCUUAUUCUGAUUGAAACAGAAAAUUAUAUCUCCACAAUUGUUCCUUAGCAAAUUUCUAUCGAACACAUGUUAUAGAUAGAUUCAAAAGAAGAUUCACGAUAAUAGUAUUGAAAUUUCUGUAUCUAUAAAAUCUCUUUCUUGUGAGUUUGGUAACUGUAAUUGGGCGGUUCUCUCCGCAUUUACAACUGCUCAAAUCUUCUUUUCAUUGAGCUUGUACUAAAUUACUUCUGUUUUUUUUUGCAUGGUAAUCUCAUCCUUGCUCAUUAUCUCAAUAUUCUGUGACCUAUCAUUCUCUUGUACAAAGAUGUUCAGGUUUGCAGUGUAACUAUGCAUAUUCAACUGUAAAUGGUUCCUAUGAAUUGUUUGUUUUUGUGAUUCGAGGCGUAAGUACGUUAGGGCUACUUCUCUCUCAACGAAAAAAAAAACAGCCGUAUUUCGAUCUUCAGAGCGGUUAAAGUGGAGCAUUUGUCAUCGAUUUCAGCCCAUUUGUUUACCUCAUUUACGUUAACAGAUUUAUUAAAUCAAAGCAAGUCUUUGUUGUUGUAAUUCUAUGCUUAUGGUUAGUCAAGAUGUUCAC